AUGCUCGCUCUCGAGCAUUCUCGGCGUCAACAAUUUGACCCAGCAUUCGACUUCGAGCAAAGCAUUCAAGCGCCCUUCCCCAGUCUGACCAUGGAUACCUUCGACUCGACCGACCCCAUGAUCAACUUCCAUCCUCUCCCAUACUCGUUCUUUGACAACCCAUCCAUGUUUGCGACGGCUCCCAUGCAAUCACUCAAGCAAGAAAUGCCGCCAUUCCAAGACCUUCCGCCGGCUCUAAUUUCGUCGGGCUCGGCACCUUCAAUCCCCAGCGCGUCGUCCUCCACAGUCGGUUCUCCAUACUCGGGUCCCUCCCAUACCGUCUCAAGUCAGGACGGUUUCGACCGCACAGCUCCUCCAUUCGGUCUGGGUGUCAUGCCAGCUAUCGUCAAUCACGAAGCCUUUUCGCAUGACAUCCUAGGAACUUCCAUGGAAGCCGAGCUGUCGUUGGGGAGCCAUGAGAAGCUCCCCGACAGUUUUGUGGAUCCCUCCUUGAUCCACGCGUCCAGGCCGUAUGGCGAUACGGUCUUCGCUGACCACGGCGCUUUCGCACCCAGCUUACACUCCUUCACCACGACGUCACCUUCCGGCUCACCAGCACCAUCACCUCAGCCAUACAGCGUGUAUCCCCCCACGCAAUUUUCCGAACCCCUCACCAAUGCCAACUACUAUCAACAGCAGCAGUACAUGAGUCGACGACCUUCGCUGGCUUCCUAUGUCUCCGGGGGUUCCCAUCCAAGUCCGACCUCAGAAAUCGACGACGAUGGCCGGGACAAGAGCCGAUGCCCUCAUCGCGACUGCGGUAAAGUCUUCAAGGACCUGAAGGCUCAUAUGUUGACUCAUCAAGCCGAACGGCCAGAGAAGUGUCCGAUCCUGACUUGUGAGUACAAUCAGAAAGGGUUUGCUCGCAAGUACGACAAGAAUCGACACACCUUGACCCAUUAUAAAGGUACCAUGGUCUGCGGGUUCUGCCCCGGAUCAGGCUCUCCGGCUGAAAAGAGCUUCAACCGAGCCGACGUAUUUAAGCGCCACCUGACUUCGGUCCACGGAGUCGAGCAGACACCACCCAACAGCCGGAAGCGCAGUCCAUCUGCAAGCAACCGAAAGCUCUCCAGCUACUGUCAAGAUGCCACCGGCAAAUGUUCCACUUGUUCAGCCACCUUCAACAAUGCUCAAGACUUUUAUGAGCAUCUUGACGACUGUGUGCUGCGCGUUGUGCAACAAGAGGAACCGUCCGAGGCGGUCAACGUUCAGCACCUCUCUCAAAUCAACAACGACAAGGACGUUCAAGAGACCUUGGACCGUCAUAUGAUCAAGACUGAGGAUGCCCCAACCAGCUUUGACGAUGAAGAUGAGGAGGACGAGGAAGACGACGAGGACGAUGACGAGGAUGAUGACCCGUCGUUCAACAGUCGAUCCGGCAAAGGCAUGAUUAAAUCCAACAAAGCCCCUGCCUCGUCCCGUGCAAUCAUCGGUGGCGGUGUCUCCAAACCCGGCAAGUCAUCAAAGAAAGGUAUGACUUGGUCCAAAGGUGGAGUGGCUCUCGUCGGCAAGGGCCGCAAGAAGAGAAGACAUUACCCGCCGUCCUGGGGCAUGGCUGCCGAGAAGAUGCGGAUGAAGAAGCGUGUGCUUUGUGUCUAUGACGGCCAGCGGCGCUUGUGGAAGGAUGACAUGAUGCUCCACAACGAAUUCGAGGUCCGGAUGACCCUGCCUGACGGCAAGAGCUACGUUACCGACCUCGAUGUCGAGACUCUCAAGCGAGCUGAGGCCUUCCACAACGCCACGCCUGAAGAGAAGGGUCCCUGGAUUCCGACGUCAGAGCAUGAGAGUCAAGGUUUCGACCUUAACGCGCUCAUGGCUUGA